AGAUGGAAAAACGAGACUUAACAUAGGUGUUCGUGUAAAAAUUGAUAUUUCAAACAAUUAAGUGAUGUAAAAUAUAUUUUUUAAAUUAUUUUAAAAUCUGAGAUUGUGAAAUACAUGCUAAGAACAGUUAUGAGUGGGUCAAGGAGAAAGGACAAAUUGAAAAAGAUUGAUGAAAGGGAAGAAAUUUCGUUCAAGUAUAAUGGACCAUUUCCACUGCACGAUGCUGCGACCAACGGUGACCUUGAGGCGAUUUGCAUCCUCGCAGAGAGAAAACACGUUGAUUCUUAUAACGAGAAAGGGGAGACAGCGCUUCACAUUGCGACAGAAAAAGGUCACCUACUUUGCGUGAAGCUCUUGCUACAGAUGGAUGCGGAUCUGAAUAUUCCUGUCAAGGGUAGCGGACGCGUGGCGUGUCACAUAGCUUGUCUCCAUGGUUACACAGACAUUCUCGUGGUGCUGUUACGGAGUGGCGCAAGCGUCUUUGAGAUUGACAGGGCCGGUGCGUUCCCAAUGCAUCUAGCUGCAGAGGGCGGUGACGUCAAAACUGUCAAACUGCUGCUGGCGGUAGGAGCGCUUCACAUCUGCAAGGACUUGGACAAUCAGGACCCUUUACACUACGCGGCCCGGAGUGACCAGAGUGCCACCAUAGAGGCCCUGCAUGGGCGUGGCUCUAGUCUAGAGGUUCGGGACAAAAACGGGGCCACGCCCCUACACGUUGCUGCUACUCAUGGGACGCUAGGGGCCAUAAGGAAACUGGUGGAGCUUGGAGCUGAUUUGAACAGCAGGGAUAAGGAUGGUGAAACGCCUCUCCAUCAUGCUGUACGCGUUUCAAAUGUAAAGAGUAUUGAGGUCAUAUGCGAUCUUGGUGCUGACGUCAGAGCUAGAAAUCAGGCGUUUGAAUGUCCCCUUCAUUUAGCUGCCCGACUUGACCUUUGGCAGUCCGCCCAGCAACUAUUCAAGUCCGGAGCCGACAUUGCGAUAGAGUGGAAAAAAGGUCUUCAAAGCAUCCAUAUCGCUGCCAUAAAUAAUUCCUGCCAGCUCCUCUCGCUUCUCGCCUUAGCGAAAUGCGAUCUUAAUGUCAGGGACAAGCAUAAGAGCACAGCCAUUCACCAAGCUGUUCUACACAAUCGCCCGGAAGCCUUAGCCAAGCUUGUUAAACUUGGAGCAGAUGUUAACGCUCCCGGAAAGAGAGGUGACACUGCAGUUCAUAUGGCGGUCAGGGAGAACAAGAUGAAGACAGUGCAGCAACUUGUGAAUCUGAAGGCAGACGUUAACUUGGAAAAUAAGGAUUGUGUGUUUCCACUAUACUACUCGGCUGUCAACGACGACCUGGCAAUGUGCAAGUGUUUACUUAGAUGUGGGGCUGACAUAAACAAAGUCAACUCCGAGGGAGACGGGAUGGUGCAUAUUUUGGUAGAGGAAGAGAAAUAUGCAGGACUUGCUCUCUUGCAGCAGCUCAGAAUGAAUAUGGGUUUACGAAAUAAGAAAGGACAGACGGUGGUCCAUAUAUGUUCCAGCGAACACAACUUGGAAGGUCUUAAACAGCUGAAGCAUGUUGGUGCCGAUCUCAGCGCAAGAAAUAAGUACGGUUUUACGGCCCUCCAUGAAGCUGUUGUGGCCGGGGAUCUCGAAGGUAUAGAGAUUCUUCAUAAUGUUGGGGUCGACCUAGACUUUCCAACCAAAAAUUUUCCACGUGAGGACGACUCGCCUCCAGUGUGGCGGGGACAAUGGCCGCCGCGCGACCUUGACCUUUCUGAUUUUUGGAAAGUGAAGCUCGGAUUAAGACCUGUCCAUCUGGCCUUCCUACACGGACACACGGACAUUCUUACUCAUCUGGUCACGUGCGGCGCUGACGUCAAUGCAGCUGAUGAUGACGGUGAGAGUGUGUUCCACCUCGCAGUGUUUUACAACCUUCUUAACACGGUCACAUCGCUGGUCACAUUGGGAGCAGACCGCAACUGCAGGGAUAAGGGAGGCCGUACACCACUACACUACGCCGCACACACAGGGAAUCUAGACGCCAUACGUCUGUUGCUUAAAUAUGGCGCCAGUAUCACCGAGGAAGACAACGAUGGACGUCAGGCGCUCCAUUACGCUGCUGAGGGCGGCCACUACCUUCUUCUUCCGGAGUUCUCCGCUCGCAACCGGGCCGUCGACUUCAACUGUACAGACUCGCGAGGCAGCACACCACUUCACCAAGCCUGCCGCUCCGGGCACCUGGAAACGAUUGCUGAACUCAUCCAACUUGGUGCCGAUGUUCAGAAAAGGGAUAACACCGGGAACACCGUUGUCCAUUCUGCAGCUGGGUCUGGACAACUGGAAGUUAUAGCUAAACUGGCUUCCCUCGAAUGCAGCAUGGACGCGCAAAAUACGGAAGGUAAAACGGCCUUGCACGUGGCUGGGGAGACGGGCCAGGGUGGCGCCAUGGAGCUUUUUCUUCUCUGUGGGGCUGACCCCAACAUCCGGGACCUCAAUGACAAUUUGGCCAGUACCUAUCGGCUGACCCCUGACCAGAAGAGAGCCGUGUCCCGACUGGUCAAGCACCAUAACGAUGACCAGUCAAGCAGACACCUGUCGGGUGAGAUAAGCUUCGAUUGCCGCGUGGUACGACCAGGGAAGCCAAUAGAAUUUGACAAACUCGGCGUUACUGUGACCUUGGCCGCUGAUAGCGGCCUUGACCUCUACACAGGCAUUGCGAAGGAGACCGAGACCACCACGGAAAUACGUCCUCCACGGGAUAUUCUUCCUAUUGUUUUUCUACACCGAACCCCCGCGGAAUCGGGGCAGAUGGAGAUCCCUGCACAGGGACUUGAGGAAGUACUGAGCGACAUUUACGAGCUGAGAGUGUACUGCAUGGACUCCCCCUGUCGUCUCACCCUUGAGGUUCCCCUGGACGGAUAUCCGGGCAGAUUCGAGGGCUACUUCCGGUGCGCGGACGGAACACAGUUUCCGGAGGUCACAACCUCAGAAGAAAAUGGGAUCCCAUUGUUCGUUGGAUCGAUGCCUGUGAAACGUGGCUGUACAAGGAAGUUCGCGGUGAUUGUGCGCCCACGAGUCUACAGCCACACCGUGGGAGAGGCCGGUAGUACCCUCAUGGCUGAGGCGGACAGACGAAUUCGGUUAGAAGUGCCACAGCACGCCCUAAGCGGGCCAACAACGCUCAAUCUUCAAGUACUAAAGACGUCCGAAAUGGAGAGGUCACCCUACAAACUAUUUGCUGCUGACCUUAUUAACGUGACCUUGACCCGGAACCUCCAAGGUCAGGUGCGCGUCCAACUUCCGUUGCACGUGCAUACCGACAACCCUGAUGACGUCACAGUGUUCUGUAUUCCAAAAGAGGGCGAUAUCGAACAGGACCACCAAUGGUUGACAGUGCAAAGUCCUCUCCGGAUUGCAAACGGCUGUCUAAUGUUUAACGUCAGCCACUUCAGCAUGUUUGUUCCGGUGUUUUUGCCUCACGACUCAAUGUUAACAACCGACUCCGCGAGACGCGCGGCGCGGGACCGCAUCCGGGCUGCCUUAUUAAGAGAGACAUCCGUCCUGUUCUUUUACGCCGUGUGUCCCAAGAAGGAUGCCUUCCUUACCAUAUUCGAGUGCACGACGCCCGGUCGCUUCCGGAGACGCCAGGAAUUCUGGGAACGAGAAGGAUUUCAAUUUCAUCCUCAAGUGAAACAUUCAGGCCAUUUUCCAGCAAAGCCAAAUCAAGCGUUCUAUUUUGAAGUCAAGGGAAAUGUUCAACUUGUUGGCGACUCGGGUAGACUCAUGAAGUUGACUUUCAAUCCAAGGUCAUAUAAGUAUCAGUCGUUCUAUUUGGUGCGCGUGCAGAGGCGGCAGCCCAUGAUCGGAGAAAUUGUGGUGACGACUUCCGCCACCGAUGACGUCGACGGUGGCUUUGUCACCAGUAUUCCGAUAGAGAUUCCAGAGACUGGAUUCUGUGUCAUCGCCUAACGCAAAACUUUUAAAUUAAAUGCUUUAUUCAGCCCACCCUGUUUGAGUCAUUUAUAAGUAUGUGCCUAAGUUUUGCUAAGAAAAGGGUAUACAUGAAGGAUUUUAUUGCAUUUAUAUUACCGUCAAUUCUACACAUUGUGUAAUAGGAUUUUUAUGCCAAUUUUGUUUUUCGUUUACGAAGAUAUAAUUUGAAUCCAUACAAUUUAAUUUAGUGAAUGUAUCAAUUGAUCCGUGUGUUAAAAAUGGGAAUAAAUAUGCAUGUUUUAGCAAAAUGUUCAUAAAAUAUAACAUUUCAAUGGUUAAAACGUUCCAGAUGAAAAAUGAAAUAAUAUAGCGAUUUAUGAUUAAUGUACUUUAUCUUUGCUACUUUUCUUGUUGACAUUGGUGA